ACUAUUUUUUUGGCUUGUGCCGUCCGUCUUGCCGCCUGCAACAAUGAUUGAACCAAGAACAAAAGCGACAUGGAUUCGAGAAGAUUUUUUAUAUAAGGACCCUGCGUCUUCCUGUGCCAUACUGACUUUUCCCCUUCCCAUUCAUCAUCCUUCCCUUCCUCGAGGCAGUGCCUAUCUUUCUGAAGCUGGACCUUUCUCUUGUUCUCCUUCACUGCACUUCCCAGGUUCCCCGCUCUCUUCUCUCAUUGUCAUUUUAAUUCCUCGAGGCCGGCCUUCCCAACAUGCAACUUGGUUUUACAUUCUCUUUCCUACUCGCAACUGUUUUGCUUGCUCUGUCACCUAAUGUCGAGGCCGCACCUGUAAAACGUGCGGGCAUCGUGACCCUUCCUUUGAAACGCAUUCAUCAAGCCCGCAAUGACGUGCAUCCUUUUAUGUUACUCCAACAGCACAUUAACCGUGGUCUAAAGCGCUAUGCGCGUAUGACCGGACGCGAAGCGCCCAGCGAUCUCGAGCUGAGAGCUCACAUUCAUAAACGCAUGUACAUUCCCGCAACUGGACCGGGAUCCAGAAAACCCGCUGUUGACAAACGUUUCAAUCGCUCCGGUGUCAGUCAUAUCUCUGAACCUGUGACAACUUUGGUCAACAACGCCGCCACAAAGGGUGGUAAGGGCAAAAACCGGAACAAGAAUGCUGCUGCAGGAACAGGUGCAACCAAUGGUACCGCAUCCAACGGCGGUGCUGGCUUUUCCGAGGUUGAUUUAGAGGCAGCUCUGAAAGGCACUUUGGCUCCCGCGGGAAAUCCCACCGCUGACAACUCCCUUGGACUCGAUAUCGAGGCUAAUGAUGUUGGUUACAUCGCAACUGUGCAAAUGGGGACUCCACCCAGGGAUUUCAAGCUUCUUAUGGAUUCGGGUUCGGCUGAUCUCUGGGUCGGUGGGGAGAACUGCCAAUCCGAGGAUGGAGGAGACUGUGGCAACCACGUCUUCCUCGGUUCUGGCAGUUCAUCCAGCUUUGUUGACACGAAGCAGCAGUUCCAGGUAACCUAUGGUUCCGGGGCCGUGGCAGGAGAUAUUAUCACAGACGAUAUCAAUGUUGCUGGUCUUGACCUGAAGGCACACAAGUUCGGGGUUGCGACUCAGGAGACUGUAGACUUCUCCAGCAAUCAAACUCCAUUCGACGGUUUGAUGGGUCUUGCCCAAUCUACAUUGUCCCAGCAACAGACUCUCACUCCCGUGGAAGCCCUCUCAAAGAAUGGCCUCAUUCAGGAUGCCAUCACGUCGUACAAGAUCUCUCGACUAGCAGAUGGCAAGAACGAUGGCGAAAUCACUUUCGGCGGUCUCGACCAGACCAAGUUCGAUGCCAACACGCUCGUUACCUUCGACAAUGUGAAUAAGCAAGGAUUCUGGGAAGGUGCUAUGACGGUUUCGGUUAAUGGUCAAGAUCUCGGACUCAAGGGUCGCACCGCCAUUCUCGACACUGGAACCACGCUCGUCAUCGCACCCGCGGCCGAUGCUACUGCCGUUCAUCAAGCUAUUCCAGGUGCCAAGUCAGAUGGACAGGGCGGAUUCACUAUUCCUUGCACUACGACUGCGUCUGUCGCUCUUACGUUUGGAGGUCAAACAUUCGACAUCAACCCUCAGGAUCUGCUCUUUGUUCCCGUUGAUCAGAAUGACCUCCAAGGUGAUUGUGUGUCCGGUAUCUCGUCUGGCAAUAUUGGUGGUGAUGCAGAGUGGCUGGUUGGCGAUGUCUUCUUGAAGAACGCCUACUUCUCCACAGAUGUGACCAAGAAUCAAAUCUCGCUCGCCAAGCUUGUCUAAGGUGUCGACCCUUUGACUGCAUCUUGGAGGCGGGUAGAAGAACACGCACAGAACAAUGAGAAACCCGCUUCGCUCUCAUUCAUUCAUUCCCCCGCCCACCCCACAACAUUCAUUUCUGCUGUUUCGUUUCUCAUGGGUUGUUCUCGCUAUUGCAUAGCUGUGUAUUAUUAUUGCUGCUUUUCUUCUGUAUUCUAGGUUAGACACAAUUACAUGCUCUGAAGCAGCUUCCAAAAUGAGCGUACCUAUACGAUGGGGGCCGUGACAAGAUCCGCUGACCUACGGAAUAACGCAAGUGCAGUGCAUCUCGGACUCUCGUUCAGACGUCUGCUGCUAGUAAGCUUUUGAAUCCGUCGCCGGCCGCUGGGAGCCGUUCAAGGUAUCCAAAGCGUCCCAAGUUCGGACCUGUCCGUAUAUGUUGAUUCAAUGCACCAAAAAGAGGACUAUCGCCACACGAGGGUCGUUCCCAAGAUUAUCCGCAGCGUCCCAUGACGGCUCUCGUGCUUUCAAGUUCGGGUUCUGACUUUACACUUUCAAAGUUGGGGGUCCAAACAUACGGCUUCUUUGCCGCUGGAUGUUCCUGAGCCGGCGAAGUCGAAGCUAAAGAGAGGUCUGAUCAGCACGUUCAUAGGGCCCGAGCACCUACCUGGUCACGCCCCCAGUCUAUACUAUUUUUAUUCAGAAAAGGAAGAAAAGGAGAUGCGAGGUUGGAAACCAACUCUCUUUAUCGACACUGGCAUGGGUCAAUUUGCAAAUUGUCAGAGAAGUAUGAGUCUUGGGAAGUACAGUAGAUUUGCGAUCCAGUCUAUUUCUGUUCAGU